GGACAUGGUCACAAUUACACUGUUGAAGUGACAGUUAAAGGAAAGGUAGACCCAUCCACUGGAAUGGUAAUGAAUCUACAAGAACUAAAGAAAGCAAUGGAUGUUGCUGUGGCAGCACAAUUGGAUCAUAAAAACAUUGACCUUGACGUGCCUUACUUUAGAGACCAGAGGAUAGUCAGUACUACGGAGAAUGUCACUGUAUUUAUUUGGAAAGAAAUGACAAAAUCUCUUGGUUCAAACAAGCACCUACUGUACAAAGUAGUUGUCUGGGAGACUGAUAAAAAUAAGUUUACAUACAAAGGAGAAGAAGAAAUAUGAAAAUAAUAAUAACUUAUUGUCGCAUUAUUUUUGACAACUACAGUCUCGUUAAAAUUCAUUUAUUUGAUCUUGUUAAUUAAAGGUGUUGUUUCACUGG